AUGACACUGCCAGUAACAAUGAAUGGACCACCAUCAGGAACUACCACACCCAUACCUCAACUACCAUUUAACAUAUCAUCUUAUGGAACAUCUUUCUUUGAUAAUACAAAUGAACUAGAGAGAGGAGGAACCCCAAGUAAAAUACCUCAAAAAGUUACAUUUAAUACAAGUAAUGAUAGGAGCAACUCAUCUACAACCUCCAGUUUCACAACUGCAAAUUGGCAACUAAUAAAUAACUGUUAUCUUGAAAGUAACUCAAGUAACAAAGGAAAUAAUACAAUAGGACAUCAAAAUGUAACUAUCAAAGGAACUUCACAGUCAACAAUGUCAGUACUUAGCAGUCAACCAUCAAAUAAUACAAACACCUCUCAGCCAAUACUUACAUCUCAACCAGUUAUAGUACCAGUAGGAGGAAACAAUAACAAUGCUUAUCUUCAAGUCAUACAAGGGCUUAGCAGGAUGGCUUCAAGAACAACAAACAAGAGAAUAAUGAUUAGUAGAUUUGCCAAUAUUUAG